AGAUUUAGGAAUAGGAAAUACAAAUUUAUAAAAAAAACCAAAAAAUUACAAUGUUUAACAACAACAAUAAUAAUAUUAUUAAUAAAUGGCCUUGUUGUUUUUUCAUAAUAAUCAUUUUAAUUAUAAUAAAGCCAUCCAUAAGAUAUUGUUUACCAUCAACAAUACAAGUUGGCGGUCUAUUUACACCGGAACAACGUGAAGAAGAAUUUAUAUUUCGUUUGGCUGUAAAUAAUAUUAAUGAUGAUCAAACAAUAUUAUCACGAACAAAAUUAGUUGCACAGGUAAAAUCUAUUGAUUAUUUUGAUAGUUUUCAUGCAAAUAAAAAAGUAUGCGAUUUACUUGAAAAAGGUGUUGUUGCAUUAUUUGGACCACUUGGUUAUUCACCAAGUUCAGCUCAUACACAAUCAAUUUGUGAUGCAUUAGAAAUACCACAUAUUGAAACACGUUGGGAUUUUAAAUUACAUCGUGAUGAUUUAUCAAUAAAUCUUUAUCCACAACCAUCCGUAUUAUCAUCAGCAUAUGUUGAUCUGGUUAAAGCAUGGAAUUGGGAUAUAUUUGCUAUUGUUUAUGAAAAUAAUGAAGGAAUCAUACGGCUGCAGAAUUUUUUUAAAGAUGCACAAAAAUGUAAUUGGAAAAUUAAACUUUAUCAAUUUGAAACGGAUAAACCAUAUAGAGAUACAUUUUGGGAAGUAAAUAAAGCUAAAGUUAAAAAUAUUAUUCUUGAUGUUAAACGUGAAAAUCUUUUGCAAGUACUUCGUCAUGCACAACAAGUUGGAAUGAUGACUGAAUCACAUAGCUAUCUAAUUACAUCACUUGAUCUACAUACAAUGAAUUUAGAAGAUUUUAAAUUUGGUCGAACGAAAAUAACAUCUCUAAGUAUUGUUGAUGAUUCAAGUCCAGAAUUAAUAAAUAUAAUGCAAAAUUGGACUGAAUUAACUAAAAAUAUGCAUAUGCAUAAUAUGGAUAAACCAAAUAGUAUUUUGACUGAAUCGGCAUUAAUUUAUGAUGGAAUACGUUUAUUAUCAACUGCAUUACAAGAUUUAGAUCAAAGUCAAUCGGUUGAUGGUAUACAACCAAUAUCAUGUUAUAGUGGUACACCAUGGUUAUAUGGUAGUUCAUUAAUUAAUUAUAUGCGUCCAGUUGCAUUUCGUGGUAUUACCGGUCUAGUUGAUUUUGAUCAAUUAGGUUAUCGUACUAGUUUUUCAUUGGAUGUAAUGACAAUAACUAUUGAUGGUUUUAUGAAAAUCGGUGAAUGGAAACAAACAUCAUCACCAAAUGAUACAAGCCUUACAACAUAUGAACCAUGGAGUGAUCAUUAUUCAGCAAUUUCAAUGCAAAAUAUAUCAUUAAUUGUAACAACAAUUAUUAGUGAACCAUAUACAAUGCUCAAAGAAUCAGCAGUUGAACGUAGUGGUAAUGAACAAUUUGAAGGUUUUGCUGUUGAUCUUAUUGAAGAAUUAUCACGUUUAAUGGGUUUUAAAUAUCGUUUUAAAUUAGUAUCGGAUGGUGCAUAUGGUAUUAAAGAUGAAAAAGGUGAAUGGAAUGGUAUGAUUGGUGAAUUAAUACGUAAUGAAUCUGAUAUUGCUAUUGUUGAUUUAACAAUUACUUCGAAACGUGAGGAAGCUGUUGAUUUUACACAGCCAUUUAUGAAUACUGGUAUCAGUAUUUUGUUUAAAAAACCUACAACCAAAGUGACAACAUUAUUUUCAUUUUUAUCACCAUUUCAAAAUAUUGUUUGGAUUUAUGUACUAGCUGCUUAUAUUAGUGUUAGUACAAUUUUGUUUGUUAUUGGCCGAUUAACACCAUAUGAAUGGGAUGAUCCACAUCCAUGUCGUCAAGAGGAUAAUGUUUUGGAAAAUAAUUUCAGUUUGAUUAAUAGUUUUUCAUUUACAAUCGGUACAAUGAUGCAACAAGGAUCAGCAGUUGCUCCAAAAGCAAUGUCAACCAGAACAAUAGCAGCAAUAUGGUAUUUUUUUACAUUAAUCAUGAUAUCAUCAUAUACGGCUAAUUUGGCUGCCUUUUUAACUGUUGAAAAAGUUGUUUAUCCAAUUGAAAAUGCUGAAGGUUUAGCUGGUCAAACACAAAUUGAAUAUGGUUGUUUAAAAAGUGGUUCAACAAAAGCAUUUUUCAGUGAAUCAAAUAUACCGGUUUAUAAACGAAUGUGGCAAUUUAUGCAAAGUAGACCACAUGUAUUUACAAAAUCAAAUGCUGAAGGUAUUGCACGUGUUAAAAAAAGUAAUGGAAAUUAUGCUUAUCUAAUGGAAUCAGCAUCAAUUGAAUAUGUUAUUGAACGUGAUUGUAAUUUAACACAAAUUGGUGGUCUAUUAGAUAAUAAAGGUUAUGGUAUUGCAACACGUAAAGAUUCACCAUAUCGUAAUCCAUUAUCACAUGCUAUAUUGAAACUUCAUGAAAAUGGUGUCUUAUUACAGCUAAAAGAAAGAUGGUGGAAACAGAAAAAAGGUGGUGGACAAUGUACGGAAGAGACAAAAAAAUCAUCAUCAGUUAAUAAUCUAAGUAUUGAUCAUGUUGGUGGUGUUUUUGUUGUAUUAUUAGGUGGUUUAUCAUUUUCAUUUUUGGUUGCUAUAUUUGAAUUUGUAUGGAAAGCAAGGAAAGAUUCACAUGAAUCAAUAUUUGAAGAAAUGAUUCGAGAUCUUAAAUUUGCAUUCGCAUGUCAAAGUAAAACAAAAAAUGUAAAGAAAAAACUGAAUGAAGAAAUCUAUCCGGAUAGAUAUGAUUAUAGUCCACCUAAUUAUGGUCCAGAUUUUGCACCAGUCUAUUGACAAACAAGCACACACACAAACAAAAAUGAAUACCAAAAAACAUCGGGGAAAAUUGUUUAUAUUUUCUUUUAUCAAUCAAAGAAAAAAGAAAAUGUUUGAUAUAUCCAGUU